GUGACAGUAGAAAACAAACGCCGUAAUACCGGUGAUGCCCUAAAACCCAAAACGGGAUCGACAACAGCAACGGAAGAAGGAUCAGAGCCCAUAAGCUCCGGUAACACUCCCGGAGGAGAACACAAAACCGAAAACGGUAACCCCGUCAAGUCAAACUCGGCCCAUGGACGAAGUGAAGAUGAUAGAAAACUUUCUCGAGACACAAUUGUUGAAGGAUAUAAGACAAAUGUUGAAAAGGCCAUUAGUAAAAUUAAUUUAAUUAUUGAGGACCAUAAAAAGCUGUUGGCCCAACGGGAGGAGGAAAAGGCCAAACGGGAGGAGGAAAAGGCCAAACGGGAGGAGGAAAAGGCCAAACGGGAGGAGAGAAAGGCCAAACGGGAGGAGGAAAAGGCCAAACGGGAGGAGAGAAAGGCCAAACGGGAGGAGGCAGCUAAAGCCAGAGAGGAACUGGCAGCGAAGGGCAUUUAA